AUUUUCCCAGGAACACACUUUACUUCUCAUUUAUUAUUAGCACUUCAGUGAGCAGAGUGUACACACAGACACAAAGCUGCCCACAGCUUCACUAACUCUUCAGGGAUGAAGAUGCAUCUCCUGGUCCUGAUUCUGCUCACACUGUCCGCCAUUCGCUCAUCCUGUAUUUGUGAUGUGAAAUAUGCUGGGCCGGUUUGUGCUGUGAGAGGAUUCAGUGUCUCCAUUCCCUGUAGUUAUUCUUAUUCACCAAAUUCUAAGGUGAACAAAAUGCUUUGGUGCUCGAUGAACUCAAAUACAGGCGUAUGUAGAAAACCACCGUAUGUUUAUAACAGCUCAUCAAACACCAAGUCAGACUUUGAGUUCACUGGAGACGACAAAUCAGACUGCACUUUGUUAAUCCACAAUGUACAGUUCAAUUACUCUGGAGAGUACAAAUUCAGAUUUAUAACUAAUGUGACCGGUGUCAGAUGCACAGGUGACCCUGGAGUGACUCUACAAGUUGCAGAUUUAAAGGUGUCACUAAUCAGGCUCAGUGGAAACGGAACCCUUAAACAAGGAGACUCGUUAAAUCUGAGGUGUGAUGUGAACUGUACACACACUUCCUCACAGUUUGUGUGGUCUAAGAACAACCAGAGCUUAAAUACAUCAGGACCUGUUCUUCACUUUCCUGCUCUAACCGUGAGGGAUUCUGGGAAUUACACCUGCACUUGGGAAACCAAUGUGACUUCAGGAUCUAAAACAGUCAGCCUUCCUGUCGAGGGUGUUCUCCCUCAGUCCAGUGACUAUGGUGUGAAUUAUUCGACGCUGGUGUGUGCUGUGAGAGGAUUCAGUGUCUCCAUUCCCUGUUAUUAUUAUUAUCAUCCAAUAAACUCUACGGUGGUACAAAUGCUUUGGUGCUCGAUGAACUCAAACACAGAUUUGUGUCUAAACCCACCGUAUGUUUAUAACAGCUCAUCAAACACCAAGUCAGACUUUGAGUUCGCUGGAAACAACAAAUCAGACUGCACUUUGUUAAUCCACAAUGUACAGUUCAAUUAUUCUGGAGAGUACAAAUUCAGAUUUAUAACUAAUCUGAUCAGAUGGACAGGUGAUCCUGGAGUGACUCUACAAGUUACAGAUUUAAAGGUGUCACUAAUCAGGCUCAGUGGAAACGGAACCCUUAAACAAGGAGACUCGUUAAAUCUGAGGUGUGAUGUGAACUGUACACACACUUCCUCACAGUUUGUGUGGUCUAAGAACAACCAGCCCUUAAAUACAUCAGGACCUGUUCUUCACUUUCCUGCUCUAACUGUGAGGGAUUCUGGGAAUUACACCUGCACUUGGGAAACCAACGUCACAUCAGGAUCUGAAACCAUCAGCCUUCAUGUCGAGGGUGAAAAUCCUGCUCAGUGGCCAGUCGCUGCUGUGGUGACAGCUACAGUGCUUUUUGUCAUCUUUCUCAUCCUAUUAGUUGUGAUUUACAGGAGGUGGAAGAACGACACUGUGGAAGACAAGAGCGGAAAAGCUGGAGCACAACCACAGGUAAAGCAGCUUCCUCAGUCUAAUGAAGAAGUGUCAAAGCAGGAGGAAGUGACUUAUGCAACUGUGUCUAUCAAAGACAACAAUAUGAACAAAGGGCAUGUCAACACUGAGAAUAAGAAAGUGGACAUAUCCGUUAUCUACAGUUCUGUGAAAAUAAAAUGAUUGAUACAGGUUAGAUGAUGUGAUAAAAUUGAAGACUGAGGUGCUUAUUAUACUCAGACAGCUUACAAGCGUAAAAAAAACAAACUUUAUGAUGCUUUGUAGAACUAGAAGCUUGAUUCAGAGUGCACAUUGGCGACACCUGCUGGUGAAGAGGAGGUAUUACAUACAUUCCUGCUGCCAAUCUGACACACUUCUUCUGCUUGAUCAGUCCUAAGUGCUCUACUCCUGCUUCUUUGCCAUGGAGAUUUCUACACUUACGACUUACCAUCAGCUCAUGCUGCUGUUGCACUGCUUCAACACAUCACUGUGUGCCUUUUCUCUGUACUGAUUUGUAAUCCCGGAUCUGUAAUUCUGGUUCCUCUUCACAUUUCUUCCUCAUGCUGUCUGAGUUUUUACUUCUUUGUAAACCUCUGGGUUGUCAGAUUAAGGACCUAAAUGUAGAUCCAGAUUUCUGUAAAGCUGCUUUGUUAAAAGUGCUACACAAAAAUGUUUAACUGAUUUUGUUUUUUAAAUGUAAUUAAAAAAUUCUAUUAACUUAUGUAGCAGAUGAUGUAGAGUAUGCUGGUUCAAAGCUUUGAUACUGUAUCACAAUUUCUAUUUUUUUCUUAUUACCUGUACUAAUAAACAAAAGUU